GUGAGAGUUCUGUAUUAUUCCUGUCAAAUCCAUUUCUAUACAAAUGGAUUUUCUCAAGUAAAAAUUUGCUAAAUGUUGAUGCUAAAACUUGUAUAUGUAUGCACAAGAGGAAACUUAAAAGGAUAUGUUUGUUUUAAUGAGAAAAAAAGCAUCAAAAUUUGGCUUUUUUUAAGUUUUUGUAUCUGAAACCUAAUUACAAUACGAGGCUCUAAGGUAUUUUAAGCUGCAAAAGUGACCUUGCUGUCACGAUGAUCCACUGUUCAAAUUUGUAGAAAAGAAAAAGAUACACACACACACGAAGAAUAACUAAAUUAAUAAAGCUGUUUGUACAGAGAAAAAUGCUAAGCAAAAUGUGAUGAAUUUUGAUUGGCUAUUUUUAAUCUUUUUUUGUGCAAAGUCGAAUGCAAAUCUGCCACUUGACAUUCUGACAAUUUCCGAGAGCAUCUUUCUAACUAAUUUACCCCACUUGUUUAGAAUUUUAGCCACCUGAAAAAUGAACUUGCAGUACAAUAGUUCCCCGUACUUGUGCAUGAAUCAUGCUGUUUUUCUCCUCCACAUAUGGUGACGCAUCAAAAUUAUUUUAUUCAUAUAUAAAUACAUCAUAGAAUAAUACCAAGCAUAUGACAGCCAAGAAAUCGAGUAUACGUAUAUGUAUAUAAUUAAGUCGGAUAAGACUUUCUGGAAUACAAAUAUAGCUACCCAUUAUUCUGUUUGUCAAAUCUUAUUGGCAUCCAGAUUUCAGGACAAGGAGUCCCUACAAGCAAAUCCACUGCUGAGAACAUGAAGUUUAGGGUUCUAUGGCAGAUUAUAUUUUUCUUGCUUUCUGUUGGUUAUAUGUUUAUUUGGGUUAUGUUGCCCACAAAAACUUACAAAACUUCAUGGACCCCUAAGUUGAAUGAAAAACUCAAUUCCACUUAUUUUCGAGAGCAAGGGACAAAUCUUCUUUUAUUUAGUUUUCCAAUUAUGUUCAUUGCUGCAUUGGGCUGUGUUUAUCUUCAUUUUCAGAAGAAAUCAUCAAACUCAGGAAGGCUCAAAUCUAUUGAUGAUGAUAGUUUGAAGUGUUUUUGCAUUAACCUUGAAAAUUACUUAAAGCAUAAUAUGGUUUUUGAUAUUGAUGAGUCUCGCUGCAGUCGGGAUUCUCUGGUGAUGAUCUGUGGAGGAAGUGGCAUUACUCCUUUCAUUUCCAUAAUCCGAGAGAUCAUCUUCAGAAGUACACAACCAGAAUUUAACGUACCAAAAAUUCUUCUAGUAACUGCCUUCAAAAAUCCAGCUGAUCUCUCAAUGCUAGAUCUCUUGCUCCCUCUAUAUGGAAAUCCUAUAGAUAUUUCCAAAGUACAAUUACAAAUAGAAGCCUACAUUACAAGAGAAAACGAUCAAAAAUCCUUUGAAAAUGCCCAUAAACUCAUCCAGAUUAAAUUGUUCAAGCCAAAUCCAUCAGAUUCGCCGAUUUCUUCAGCCCUUGGGAAAAACAGUUGGCUAUUGCUCGGGGCUAUAAUCUCGUCCUCCUUCAUCAUGUUUUUAAUCUUUCUGGGAAUCGUCACUCGUUACCAUAUAUAUCCUGUCGAGAGGAGGGGACAGAAUUACCAUUACAGUUUUAAGAUUUUAUGGGAUAUGUUUCUUGUAAUGGCUUGUGUAUUUAUAGGAACUAGUGUCAUUUUCCUCUUGCAAAAGAGAGAGACUUCUGAGGAAGAAAGGCAGAUUCAGAACGUGGAAAUGACAUCACCAACCUCAUCGCCAGCUUCAUGGUUAUGUGCUACUGAGAGAGAACUUGAAAGCUUGCCUCAUCAGUCCCUAGUGCAAUGUACAAAGGUGCACUAUGGAACUAGACCUGAUCUAAAGAGAAUACUUUUCGAUCGCAAAGAACCAGACGUUGGAGUUCUAGUUUGCGGCCCGAAGAGCAUGCGCCAUGAAGUUGCAAAAAUAUGUGCAUCUGCAUUGGCAAAAAACCUGCAUUUUGAGUCCAUUAGCUUCAAUUGGUGAUGCUUUUUUAUUGUAAACAAUGGUCAUUCUGUAUGCCCGUGCUUUGAGUUUUUUAAUGUUGCACUUCGUGAUAUUGAAGCAUACUCUGUACAUUUCUUCGUUUAUUACCACCUGCGAUUAUCAGUGGAGACAGCUUUGUGCCUGUUAAACAUUGUUAUCAAGUGUAAAUUCUAACGCUUGUUCAUUUCUCUAA